AUGGAGGAUGAUAAGAAAAGAAGAAAAAACAAGAAGAAAAAGAACAAGCAAAACAAGAAUGUAGAUGCCGGGGUUGGAGAAACAGCUUCUAGGGUUCAGAAUCUGGUGAAUAAUGCUAAGGACGUGCAUGCUAGUUUUUCCGAGGCUGUGGUAAUUUCGAUUGGGGAUGGAGAAACAGACAGCAGUGAUCGAAAUCUGGUCAAUGAUGCCAAGGAUAAGCCUGCUAGUCUUUCCGAGGUUGCGCCGAAUUCGAUUGGGGAUGGGGAAACAGAUACCAGUGAUCAGAAUCUGGUCAAUGAUGCUACGGGAAGGUCUGCUAGUCUUUCUGAGGCUGCGCCGCAUUCGAUUGGGGUUGGAGAAAUAGAUACAAGCGAUCAAAAUUUGGUGAGUAAUGCAAAGGAUGGGCAUGCUGAUCUUUCAGAGGCUGUAGUAAACUCAAAUGGGGAUGGAGACACUUCAAUGAGGGAUCAGAAUCUUGUGAAUAGUGGUAAGGAUGAGCCCUCUCAGCUUUUGGGGACAGCUGAUGAGCAAAGUGUGAGUGUGGAUUGGAAUGGAGAUGUAGAAGUUCCAAACAGAGAUCUGAAUCUGGUGAGAAGCGGAGAGGACGAGCCCACUCAAUCAUUGGACUCUGCAGAUGGGAAAAGUACUAAUAUGGAUUCUAAUGGGCAUCUGCCAAAUGCUAAAAAAUGUGACAUAUCAGACGAAACAAUUAGAAAAUUAAAAGGAGAAAAUGCCGUGCUCAUUCAGAGAGAGACCAUAUUAGAAGAGACUGUCCAGAAAUUAAAAGACGAAAAUGAUAAACACAUUCGUAAAGAGGUCAUGUCAGAAGAGAGAAUCAGGAAGCUGAACGAAGAAAAUAAUAUGCACAUUAUGAAAGAGACCAUAUCUGAAGAGACAAUCCAGAAAUUGAAUGAACAAAACGACAUGCUUGUGCAAAAGGAGGUUGAAUUAGAAGAGAAUAUCAGAAAAAUGAAAAAAGAACUUGAUAUGCAUUUUACGAAAGAGGUCAUAUUAGAAGAUACAAUUAGAAAAAUGAAUAAAGGAAAUGAUAUUCACAUGCAAGAAGCGGCUACUUCAAAAGAGACAAUAAGAAAAUUGAUAGAAGAAAAUGAAGGGCACACUCAGAAAGAGGCCUUAGCAGAGGAGACAAUUACAAAAUUGAAAGAAGAAAUUGAUAAACACAUUUGUAAAGAGGCUACCUUGGAAGAGAUUAUCAAUAAAUUAAAAACUGAAAAGGAAUUUCAGAAACAUACAGAGACUGAUCUAGAGGUGAGAACUGCACAACUGCAGAAUGAAAAUCAUUCCUUACUUCAAAAAGUGGUUACCUUGGAAGAGAUUAUCAAUAAACUAAAAACUGAAAAUGAAUUGCAGAAACAUACACAGACUGAUCUAGAGGUGAGAAUUGCACAAUUGCAGAAUGAGCAAAAUUCCUUACUUCAAAAAGAGGCUGGGUUGAUGGAAAAAACAAAUCUGUUGCUGAGUGAAAAGGCUGGAUUGAUGGAAAAAACCAAUAUGUUACAGAUUGAAAAGGAGGGUUUCGAGCAGAAAGUAAAUACUCUGGAGAGCAAGUUGAGCUCCCUUAGUGAGAAAGAGGCUGGAUUGGUGGGAAAGACAAGUCUGUUACUGCGUGAAAAGGAGGGUUUAGAGCAAAAGUUAAAUAUUCUGGGGAGCAAUUUGAGUUCCUUUAGUGAGAAAGAGGAUGGCCUGGAAAUGAGAAUAGCACAAUUGCAGAGUGAGAAUAAUUCAUUAAUUCAAAAAGAGACUGGAAUUAUUGAAAAAAACAAUCAGUUGCUGAAUGAAAAAACCAUUUUGAGCCUAAAAGUGGAAAGUUUAGAGCGAAAAAUAAAUCUUCUGGAGAGUGAUUUGAGUUUUUCUGUAGAGGAAGAGAACUCAGCUAAAGAAGUUAUUUCAAAUCUGAAAGAAAACACCAGCAUGCUACAAGUGCAGGUGGCAGAGUUGGAAGAGUCCAAGAAUAAUCUUUUGCUAGAAAAUCAGCAAUUGAGGGAAAAUGUGUCAGGUCUUCAUUCAACAGUCCAGAAUCUUGAAAACAGUAUCUCUUUUUCCGCUUCACAGGGUGCAUCUGCAAAGGAUGGCGCUACUGAAAAUCAAGAGUUUAAAUCUCAAAUUGAAGAGGCUUAUAUGCUAGUGGAAAAAUUGAUGGCAGAAAAUGCUGAACUUGUUGAGAAGGUUCACAAACUAUGUGUUGAGCUGGAUCAACAAGACACAGGUAUUUCACUUUCUGAAGUUACUGGCUCUGAUGGUUUGACUGAAUUUGUUAAGCCUGAAUCAUCUGAGGCUAUGUCUAUAUCUGCGCCGGAGUCGGAUUCAUUAGAAAAGACCUCGGUGGUGAAUGAUAGUAGCGACUCUUUUCACGCAAGACACGCUGUUGGAGUAAUUUCAAACUCUUCACUACCGGAUGAUGAUACUGAUGAAAUUGUUCAAAUUCCACUGGAUGAUAAUGAUGUAAGAGAUCUACAGCUACAGAAUGCCAAGAAUGUGGAAAAUAAUGAUGCCGUGCCAAUAACAGAUGCUCCUCUUAUUGGUGCUCCAUUUCGUCUGAUAUCAUUUUUUGCUAAGUAUGUCAGUGGUGCUGAUUUGAUUGACCAAAAGUCCUCAAACACCAGUAAUUGA